GGUUCUUUCUUCAUAGAAAUCCUGGAAUUAGACCAGUUCAUGAAUUGGGUAUUGUUCAUUCUAUGCUUUUGAGGUUGUUUUCAUCGAAAAGAAGUCAUCUUUUAGCCAAAGCCAGAGGCUUUCAUGUGGGUAAGCAAUUCACAAACCUUAGUACUGAAGACAUUGUUUUUAAGUCAGUUUGUGUAAAUUUAAGGCAAAGGAAAUGGAAAUUCUUGGAUCAAAUGACUCCAAGUCUCACGAAUGCGGUAGUAAAUCGCGUGGUUUGCGAGUUUCAAAACUCGCCUCAGCUAGUCCUGCAGUUCUUCAAUUGGGUUGGGAAGAACAAGGGUUUUUCUCAUUCUUUAGAUUCUUAUUGUAUUGUAAUUCAUUUGAUGGUGAAUUGUAGAAGAUAUGACGAUGCCUUAUUUUUUAUGCAAGAGUUGAUGCAAAUAAAGGGUUAUUUGCCGUUGGAGGUUUUGCAAGGGUUGGUUGGUAGUUACGAGACAUGUUUGUCGGUUCCAGCAGUGUUUGAUGCAUUGAUUAGGGCUUGCACUCAAAUUGGUGCUACUGAAGGUGCUUAUGAGGUGAUCAAGAAGUUGAGAAUCAAGGGUUGUUGGGUUUCGAUUCAUGCAUGGAACAACUUUUUGAAUCAUCUUCUGAAAUUGAAUGAGACGAACAGGUUUUGGGGAGUUUACAAAGAGAUGAUAUCAUAUGGAUAUUCUGAGAAUUUGUAUACUUUUAAUUUGGUUAUUUAUGCGCUUUGCAAGGAAUAUAAAUUGUAUGAAGCGAUUUCAGUGUUGUAUCGGAUAUUGAAGAAUGGAAUUGUACCCAAUGUUGUUGCUUUCAACAUGCUCGUAGACGGAGCUUGCAAGAUGGGCGAUAUUGAUCUUGGGUUUAAGCUUGUUAGGAAGAUGGGAGUCAUGUCAGGGAACUGUAUUACCCCCAAUUCAGUUACGUAUAACUGUCUAAUCAAUGGGUGUUGCAAAUUAGGAAGGCUAGCGAUUGCAGAAGAAGUUCAGAAUGAGAUGGUUGAGGCUGGUAUCGACGCCAAUGUGAGGACGUAUGCUACUUUGAUUGAUGGGUAUUCAAGAAAUGGGAGUUUGGAGGUGGCAUUUACGAGGUGCCAUGAUAUGGUGGAAAGAGGCUUGGUUCCUAAUUCCGUUGUUUAUAAUUCACUUAUCCAUUGGCUUCAUAGGGAUGGAGAUGUGGAAGGAGCUUCCUUCUUGUUAUCCGACAUGAUCGAUAAGUGUAUAUGCCCCGACCAAUUCACCUACUCAAUCCUAACAAAGGGGCUUUGUAGAAAUGGAUGCUUAAGCGAAGCUCUUAAAUUCCACAAGUGGAUUCUAGGAAACAACAUUGUGGAAGAAGCUUUUAUGCACAAUAUUCUCAUCAAUUAUGUUUGUAAAAUCAAGAACGUAGAAGGAGCGAAGCAACUUUUAGGUAGCAUGUUUGUUCGUGGGUUUAUUCCUGACCUUGUCACGUAUGGCACUUUGAUUGACGGACACUGCAAAGAAGGGAGCAUAGAAAGUGCAAUUCAGAUAUAUGAUGAUAUGAUAAAAGUUGAGAAAAAGGCCAACUUGGUAAUAUACAAUUCUAUUGUGCAUGGCUUAUGCAAAGGGCAAUCAGUAGAAAAGGCAAAGCAUUUGGUCGAUGCUUUGGAGAGGGCGGGUUUGAUUGAUGCUAUAACAUAUAACACUUUGUUAAAUGGUUUUUGCAAUAGUGGGAAGAUUGAUGAGGCGUUGGAUCUGUUUUCAAAAAUGAGAAAGGAGGGGCAUUUGGUGAAUAGAGUGACUUACAAUAUAGUGAUCAACUUUUUGUGCAAGAAUGGAUUUAUUCAAGCAGCGAAGGAACUUAUGAAGAUGAUGAUUCGCCAAGGUGUGGUUCCUGAUUUCGUAACAUACACAACACUUGUUACUAAUAUCAUUAAAACCUACAAAACAGAGGAAGUAAUCGAGCUGCAUGACUAUAUGGUGAUUGAAGGUGUCGUUCCGGAUAGUCAAACAUACGAUGCCAUGGUUAGGCCACUGCUAACAGGUAGUGAAGAAAAGGAUUAGGCUUCAACAGCUGAUGUAAUAUACAAAAUCUAUCCCUAUGCAAAAUGAAUCCUCACUUCCUUCUAAUGUAUAUGAGUUCAAAUUCUCCCUCAUGUUCAUUAUCAGAUCCCGUUUAUAUAUUCUGAAAUUUGAUGCUUAAAAUAUUGGAUUACUGGCAUUUGUGCCAUACAUUUUGAGUAAUUGUUUGGAAUUGAACCUA